CUCCGUUCCUCCAGCCAGCCAGGCCUGAGCGAGCGAAGGGCGGGAGUCAUGGCGGAGAGUGGUCCUUCUCCUGUGGAUGGGGAUGCGGCGCCUUCCUCCUCCUCCUCCUCCUCCUCCUCCUCCCAGCUGCCCAGCCACUGCCCUCGGCGGUGGGAGAGGCUGAGACUGGCGGGGGGACCCUGGGCGCGGGCGCUGGCCCUGCUGGCGGCGCUCGGGCUCCUUUACUUCUUGCGAGGCCCGCUCCGGCUGCGGGAUAACUUGGCGGCAGGUGAGGGGCUGCUCGCGGGGAGCGGGAGGGGAGAGCAGCUCUGUGGGCGCUGAGGGGACUCCGCCGCCGGGGAGGGGCGCGGGCUGGCCCGCCUCCUUUCCCUCCGCUGCUAUGGACGUGAGGGAUGGGGGGCUUUGGGGCGGCCGGUUAGGGGUCUGUUUGGGCUACUCGCUGCCCCACAACUCUUCAGCCCUAAUCUCGGGUGCUUGAGGUGCCGUUUGUGGAAAGAACUCUGCACGUGCUCCGUGAAACUGGCUUUACGCCGUUCAUUUCCUGGCUGAGCCCUGCGGGUGAAAACAGGCUUCUCUAGAGCUAUGACUUUGCCUCACACUAAAAUCUGGGAUGUGCUUACCUUGGGGUUGGUUGCAUACAAAUACAGUUUUCGUAAGAAGGGUCGUAUUAUCAGAAAGGAUUGGUUCUUGCAGGUCUCCUGGGCUCUGUUCUCCUUUGUGUUUUGGUGUGUAUUUAAGUGCUUCUGUCCUUCGGGGGCCUCAUUAUUUUUUGUCAAGCUAUUUGUAAGCCAAGUUGGUUUUAAAUCUGGUUCUCCACUUUUUCUUUGUGUCUGUUUAUUUUAAAGAUUGCAAGUCAGUCUGUAGUCCGUGAUUUCUUCCCUUUGUCAGCUUUUUUUUUUAAAAAAAAAAAGCUUUCUAUCAUCUGUUGCUGUCUGCAAGCCCUGAAUGAUGACAGCAUCUAUACUACCAGCUGUCAAAUCCUCUGUGUCAUCAAAACAGAAAGAAACUAGACCUGUUGUUUGAAAGCUGCAAUUUACACACAGUCACUAUUCUUUUAUUAGAGCAGUGAGCUCCAUACUCCCCUUUUGUUGCUUUUUAAAUUGCAGGCCUUACAUAGAUGCUAAGUCUCAUAAUAUUUUGUUGGUCUAAAGUUAAUGGUUGGGGAGUUAAAAGCACACUCUUAAGUCUGCAGGCCAGGAUACAGCAUGACUUACAGCUCAAUCCUCUCCAUGUUUAUUUAAAAGUAAGUGCCAUUAUAUUCAAUGGGACUUAUGUCAUAUGGUUACAUCCUUAGUAUCGGGUAUUUUAAUAAUACAUCCCAAAGCAUGAUGAUACAUGCAUAGGUAAAGGUGCCUGGACCGUUAAGUCCAGUCGCGAACGACUCUGGGGUUGUGGCGCUCAUUUCGCUUUACUGGCCGAGGGAGUCAGUGUUUGUCAGACAGCUUCCAGGUCAUGUGGCCAGCAUGACUAAGCCGCUUCUGGCAAACCUUCCCACUAGAGUGGUACCUAUUUAGCUACUUGCACUUUGACCUGCUUUCGAACUGCUAGGUGGGCAGGAGCUGGGACUGAACAACAGGAGCUCACCCCGUCGUGGGGAUUUGAACCGCCGACCUUCUGAUCAGCAAGCCCUAGGCUCAGUGGUUUAGACCACAGCGCCACUCGCAUCCUCAAUACAUGCCUAACUUCAGAACAAUGUGUUCAUGGGUUAAAGUUCUAGGGAAUGAAGGAGAGUCUGCUUAUUUACUUGCCUGGUGGGCCUACUGAGUUUUGCCAUACUCAGCACAUGAAGCACUACAUCAAGUUAAGUUGACUUUUACCUUAGGAUCCCCCUCAGGGCUUAAUGCACAUGCCCUGCUUUUAACUUGGUCUUAGUUUGUGUGUUUAAGACUUUGUUUCUUGCAUUCUGUGGUUUCAAAAGCCCAGGAAGGUAGACUUGUUCAGACAAAACUAGCUAUACUGGUUAAAUUGUGAGACUGACACUAAUAUAAGAGCUGUCAAUUUCUCAUUGUCAACAUACCAUAUUCAUUUUCUUUAGACUUUUUAUCUACUAAUCUCUUGCUAAAUAACAAUCAGUAGGCCUAACCCACAAACAAGAUUCAGUGUUGUAGGUUGGUUAAUAAAAUGCCUCAGGUAGUAUCUGUCUGGAUUUUAUGAAUCAGUCCUAAACAUGCAUAUUCAAAAGUAAAUCUUACAGAGUACAAUGAGAUUUACUUCCUGUUAGUAUGCAGCAGUGUUAGUUUACCUUUGAGCUGCUUCAGAUAUGUUGUUCCUACAUGGAAAUAGAUGUUUGCAAUGAUCUGUAUUCAAAUUUCUCACAAUUACAAGGAACCCUUAAGUGUUGACACUUCUUGGAAGAUUACGGCUUAAUUUUGAAUACUUUGAACCCUUGUUACAAGAAGCACAUUCUAUGCUCCAUGCUAAAAGAAAUGUUUGUGCCCAUUCUAAUAAAAAAAUGAAACUAGUGUCUAUUGUUGUUUAUUAAAUUUCUACACCGCCCUUCAUCCUAGGAUCACAGGGCAGUUUACAAUGUAAGAACGCAAAACUGCAUAACAUAGUAACAAACAAAAACAGUUACACUCCCUCACAGUUUUAAAGGCUGCAGAUGGCUUAAUUAGCCAGAGGCUUAGGAGAAGAGGGACGUUUUCACCUGGUGCCUAAAUAUAUGUAAUGAAGGUGCCAGGCAAGCCUCCCUAUGGAGAGCAUUCCACAAAUGGGGAGCCACUGCAAAAAAGCCCAUUCUUGUGUUGCCAUCUUCUGAACCUCUCAUGGAGUGGGUACACAAAGAAGUGGCUCAGAUGAUGGCCACAGGUUCUGAGUCUGUUCAUAUGGGAAGAGGCAAUCCUUGAGGUAUUGCAGUCCUGAGCUGUUUAAGGCUUUAUGGGUAAAAACCAGCACUUUGAAUUUGUCUCAGGAAUUGAUUGGCAGCCAUUACAGUUAGACCAGGAUUGGCAUUAUAUGCUCAAACUUUCUUGCUCCGGUGAGCAACCUGACCGCUGACUUCUGCACCAGUUGAAGCUUCCUGUUUUCAGAGGCUGCCCCACAUAUAAUGCAUUGUAGUAAUCUCGGUCCUUAUUUAAAUAUAUCUAUACUGCUCUUCACCAUAUGGUCACAAGGCAAGGUACAACACACCAAUAUGUGUUUUCAAAAGUAUUUAAAAUUGAGCAAAUAUCCAUAAUUCCCCAUAUUUUACUCUUUACAGAUUUAAGUUAAACCUAUUAAACUUGUGUUAAAACUGUGGUUUGCUGUUUUGGAUCCUUGUCUUUGACUGUAUCUAGGUUAAGAGAAAGCUAAAAUAUCAGUUAAAACAUUUAGGGUUAGCUGUUUGAACUCAAACUCAUGGACUUCUUAUGAAGCUAAACAUUGAACAAAGAAACAAAAAGUACUUAGCACAGCACGUAGUGAAAUUAUGGUAUUCUCUACCAUGAACAGUGGUGAUGCCUACCAUGUUGGAUGGCUUUCAAUGGACUAGCCACAGUAGCUAGGUUCUAGCUCUACUGUUGGAAGCAGUACAGUAUGUCUUUGAAUAGCAGUUUAUGGGAAUCACAGGUGGGAAGAGUGUUGUUGUGUUUGAGUCCUGUCCAGCACUUUUAGCUAAAAAGUCUACUUUAACAUUAAUGGUUCUCCUCUAACAUUCAAAGCAUAGCUUACCUGGGUUACAUCAUUUCCGGAUUCAGACUUUCCAAAAAGUACCCACAACCAACGGAGGAACUGAUACUGUGUAGGUGUGUGCGUGCGUUGCUUAAGUAAUGUCAUCUCAGACACUGAGAGGCAAAUGUAUUGAUUGACAAAGCUUCCCUUUUUCUUUGACAGUGACCAUUUUCUUGAGCACAUUGACUCCAAAAUUCUAUGUUGCACUUACUGGGACAUCUUCUCUGAUAUCCGGUCUGAUAUUUGUAAGUAAUUUUCUCUAUUUACUCAUGCUGGAAUUUUUGUUGAUCCUACAGAACCAGAAAUAUAGUAUGAUUGUGUCUUGUGCUGGGGUUGCAUUCCAGGGAUGGCACAUACAUGCAAAAAUGCAUAUACUUGAACCUCCCCCUUCGAACCACCCUCACAGGGCCAUCCUGACCUUCCAAGCAAGGCAGAGACCUCUUAAGCUCUCCAUCUUGCUUACGAGGCUCUGGGAGGCUCUCAUGAUAUUUCAUGUGGCCACUCAAGUUCCUGCAAUAUCUAACGAGAGCCUCCCAAAGCCUGGUAAGCAAGUCUGAGAGCUUAAAAGUGCUUUCCACACCAGGAAAACCAAGUGCAAAAGGAGCUUUUAGGCUCUGCUUUGCAUGCAAUUAAUUUGUGGGAUUUCAGCUGGCCAGCUUUCAACUAUGCAAGGUUGAAAUUGCACACGUUAGGAUGCAAUUGCACUGUAGAGUAAAAGUGAGAUUAUGCUACUACAUAGGCUAGUAUUUAAAAUGCAGCACACAAGUAUUGUAUAGAAAUCUUCAGAUUUUAGAUGUUUAGAAGAUUAAAAGUUAUUUUUUUAAUUGCUAAGAUGGCUAUUUAGUCCCUUCUGCUGCUUAGGACAAAGAAGUAAGAGAUUAAUGCAUACUCAAUCCUAAAUUUUGGCCUGCUUUUAAGACUGUUAUUAAAAUGUCCAGGAAAAUGUCUACAGCAACUAAGAAUAGUUCAUGUCUGCAUCCACAGUACCUUUUGGGGAUUUUUGGAAGAUGAGGAAUAGUUACUGUGAAAUGUGAUGCAUCUGUGUUUACAGUGUUACAGAUUAAUUUUUAAAAUUAGUCUUUUGUAAACUGUGCCAGUCUGAAGAUGAAAGUUACCUUUGAUAUGCCAGCUGAACUCUAGGUGGCGCUCCUGUACAGAAAAAGAAACCAACAUUUUUAUUCAUUUUGAUGUGAUUCCUUGCUGGUAACCACAGCCUUCCAAGUAAAAAAAUGAAAUGGUUUAUAGCAUUAUAAGGGGCAGCUGUGACAAUAGUGUUGAGCCUUUCCCGGCAGUAUUCUGAAUCACAUUGCUUAGGCUGCCAAGUCAUUUGUGGGACUCUACCUGCAUUGCCUCAUUAUCAUGGCUGUAUGAGGGGGCCUUAUGCAUAGCCACAGUUGCACUAUACAGUGAUACUUCGGGUUACAUACGCUUCAGGUUAUAGACUCUGCUAACCCAGAAAUAGUACCUCGGGUUUAAGAACUUUGCUUCAGGAUGAGAACAGAAAUCGUGCGGUGGCAGCAGCGGGAGGCCCCAUUAGCUAAAGUGGUGCUUCAGGUUAAGAACGGACCUCCGGAACGAGUUAAGUACGUAACCAAAGGUACCACUGUAAUGCCAUUCCAUUGAACAUAAAAUAUGCAUAUUAGGAGCAGUGUACAAACCAAAAAGAUGAUGAAAAUAUUAUCAUUUGCCUUAAGGCAGUUCUUGUUCAUCUUGAGUCCACCAGCAUAUGAUUUAUGGCACCCCAUGUUUUACCAGAAUUGCCAGAGUAGCAUUUAGUUUUUGCCUGGAUCCUACUUGCUGGGGCCAAAUCUCUGACAUAGGACAUGCUAGUUCCGAGUCCUGUGCAGCACUGUGUUCAAAAGGUAAGAUGAAACCUGUCUAUCUAUUCCUAACCCUCAUGCAGUGCCACAAAUAAAUGUACACAAGUGGUUGUAGGAGCGGUGUGCUAUCACAGGGUAGUAAAAUGACCAAAAUCAAGUGCAUAGUAUUAGAAGAAAGACGGUUAAGUCUGCUUUCCUGGAUUAGUUUUAAUUUGAAAAACAUAGGAUACUAUUUUUAAGCCAAUAUUUUCCAUUGGAAGCGGGGGGAGCAGCCCUGUGGUAAGAACAAAUAGAUUUCUUGGGCUAUCUUAUAUCUCCAUUACACUUUUGUUUACAGAGAAACAGGAAGUGGCUGAAAUUUGGGGGCAUUGCUUACAACUUUGCUGGUGGCUGUGCCCUAAAAGGGCUUUGUUUAGAAACAAUUCUUUUCUAUCACCUUAUCUGUGGGCAAACUGUCAACCUUUGCUGAAAGGAACCAUAAAUAUAAUUGCGGCCGGCCUAUUGUUUUGUGAGCAAGUGACGUGACUUGAGAUUCUUGACCCAAUGGUUUAUUGUAUGUUUUUCUGUUUCUCACUGCAGAUAUUUGAAUGGUGGUAUUUCAGGAAAUAUGGCACAUCUUUCAUUGAGCAGGUAUCCGUGAGCCAUUUACGACCACUUAUUGGAGGAGCAGAGAAUACUAAUUCUCCACAGGCAACUUUCUCUGCCACUAGUGGAGAAAAUGAGACAAGCAGGCAGAGUUUGUCAGGUGAUUGCUUCUAACAUCUGGCUUUGUGCAAAUGUAUUUCGUGAUAGCUGGCCUUAGCCAAAGCCUGUAAAUACAAUUUAUGUUUAUUUUUGUAAAUGGGCUUAGCUUUGCAUCAGGUAAUGCCUUUGUCUUGCUUAGGAAAAACAAGAGAGAUAAAGUAAAUCAGAUUGGGCAAAGCCUUUUUUAGUGGGGGCAGGUGAGUUGUUGAGUUUAGUAUUUUAUUUUCCACAACCCCUUGCAAUUUCCAAAUCAAUAUGAUUUUUAAUUUUUUUAUAAUAGAUAUCUUGCCUUUAUAUAUUUUGCUAUAUAGAUCAAUGUGACAAGUGGCUUUUGUUUUUGUUUUUUGGAAAAUUGCUUGCUUUGCACCUACAUGUGAUAGAAAAACUGUUUUCUUGAAGUGGUAUCUCAAUUUAGACAUUCAUCCAAACUGUAAUUUGGGCUAUCAAAAACAAACCAGGGUUUCCUCUGUUUCCUCUCUUCUUACAUGGGGCUUUCCCUUUUUAAAUUUUCUGUUUAACACCAUUAACACUGGUAAUUUGUCAUGCCAUCCACAUUUUAAUACUAUGGUUAGGGCUUGCCAUGCCUGCUUCAAACGAUUGUUUAUGAAUCUAGUUUUGAAAGCAAGUGCUAGCCAUCAUUUCAGAUUUGCAUGUCAUGGUAAAUUAUGACUACUGCAGACCAGAAAAGGGAGAAACCAGAAUGUGAGCCCAUGAUUAUUUCUGAUUCUGUGGAGGAAACAUUUUUUUAAUAUGUGGGCCAGUUCAGAAGUAAUGAUUUCAUAUUUAUUGAACCAAGAUUCUUAUGGUGAACCAGCCUCAACACACAAGGCAUAUAGGUUAGAAAUCUACAGUUCUGGCUUAAUUUUGAGAUUAAACUGUUUCCUUUUACAGAGUGCAAAGUAUGGAGAAAUCCCCUCAAUCUCUUUAGAGGAGCAGAAUAUAGCAGGUAUUUUUAUCUUUGUGAUAUUAGUGUAUAGCCAUUUUUGUAAAAUAAAUUAAAAUAGAACUAGAGCUUCUGGUUUGUCAGAACGUUGUAAUCUUACUCUUUCCUGUAAAUUCCAUAUAUAAAGACAAAGAUGGAUCUGUUUGGAUAGAUGAUUCAUUUCUAAAUGCGUCCUUUAGGUUGGCAUGUAGAUACUUAAAUGGGAGCGUAUCCCACUGGCUUUCUUUUGAGUAGAUAUGCAAAGAAUUGGGCUGUUAAUGAAGCCUCUUUUCUUUUUCUUUCUUUUUUUAAAGAUAUACAUGGGUGACUGGAAAGGAGCCACUUACAUAUUAUGACAUGAACUUAUCUGCUCAGGAUCACCAGACCUUUUUCACAUGUGAAACGGACUCAGUUCGACCUUCAGAUGCAGGUAUCAAAUGUAUCUCUUGUAUGAAAGAUAAAAAGAUGUCUGGCCAUGAAUAGUUUUUUAUGUUGGGAAUGCUUGUUCUAAAUAUCUUUUCUAAGUCUCUUUUAUGUUUGAUGGAUAAUUUAUGCCAUUUUUCCUAAUGUUUCUGAUCUCUUGGGAUGGAGAAACCAGGAUGAGAAAAAUAAACCUUAAGUCAUUAUUAUUGCCAGAACUUUGCAUGUCUGUGAUAAUAUUUUUACAUAUGUCCUCUGCUCACCUGAGAGUCCUGUCCAAGACUACAUAGCAGGAAAGAAAGGUGUAUUGUGGCACCUUAAAGACUAAAAUGUUUACCAUGCACAUGGACCUCAUUGGAUGCAUUCAGCAGAAUUUUUGUGACAGUUCAAGACCCUCACUGUUCUUGCUACAGCAAGAUAGAUAUGGCUACCCCUCGAGUUUGUUACUCUCAAUAGUAAGACUUACAAAUGUUAUGGACUUCUGAAUGUUGAAUUACUACUAUAAAAAACCCCUGCCAUGCCCCGAGAUUAUUAUAUUUCUUUGCUUUUGAUUGCACCAAAUUGUAUUGAGGGUUACAUAUUGUCUAUUCUAUCUUUAAAGCAAUGGCAUUUGUCAUAUCUGGCCUUUGUCAGCUUAUGUGUUAAUUCUUACUAGUUCAUCUAAAUCAGCAAGAGUUAGCUGUCUACACAUUAAUCUGAUGAGAUGUUUAAUGAUAUGAGAGCUGUAGUUUUUGUUUUAUAAACAUCGUAUAUUGUUUCAUCAUCAGAGCCAAAACUAACAUUAUGUUUUCAGAAAAAUGCUCCAACAUUUUCCACACUAUUCUUGCUGGACAGUUGCAGGUUUAGUUCCAAAAGAAACAUAUAUUGGUUCUCUCCCUUUCUUAUAAAAACUGAGGACCAUCAGAUAUAUUCAAACUGCAAUCCUGUACUUUCUCACCUGGGAGUCAGCUCAAUUGAAAUCAGUUGGAUUUACUUCUGAGUAGACAUGAAUAGGAUUGUGCAAUCAGUUCAUGAAUGUUGACUUUUUAGCCUUUGUUGGGAUUAGGGUUUCAUUUCAAAAAAAUUGAACCCAGCCAAGUGAGUGGCAAUGAUGAGAAUUUUAUUCACUUAAAAUGAAUAGCAUCUGGCAGAAGAGGAGGAAACAACAGCCAGGCCAAUCCCACCAGCUUUGGCACUGUUCUCCAUGUAGCCACACUCAUUCCACUCAGAGACUAUCAGUGACCAAACUUACCUUGCAGCCAGCAGGAGGGAAAACAACAAACUUUCAUGAGCCACCUGGGGCUAAUUGCCACAAGUUCUGCCCCCCUCUUCUGUCGGUCACCUUAUGAAUUUUUCUCUUUUAAAAAUAAAGAUCAAGAAUAAUAUACAUUUAUGAUAGGGCAGGGGUCGGCACUCUAGCAGGGCUGGUUCACUCUAGCAGAGAUCCCUCCGUGGGUCAGAUCAUGCGCACGCGCGAUUUCCGGCGUCUGCGCAGACGUGAUUUCUGGUGCCGUGGAAGUGAGUCCAUGCGCUGUGCUGCGCCAGUUUAGCACAGCGCAUGGGGACUCGCUGAGCAGGCAGCUCAGUUUGGGGGCAGCUCGUGGGUUAAUUAAAUGACCCCCAUGGGUCGCUUGUGGCCCAUGGGCCUUAGGUUGCCAACCCCUGUGAUAGGGGCUGGUGUUCAGUUUGGUAGUGGCUUUAUUCUUAGAAAGAGAGAUGUUUGUUUGUUUGUUUCUCCAUGAAUACUUACAGUCAUGACUUGCCUGUAAAUAAAUCCUAUUUUCCCCCAACAGUUAUGCAGAAGGCAUGGCGGGAGAGGAACCCUCAGGCCCGAAUAAAAGCAGCAUAUCAAGCUUUAGAAUUAAAUAAUGAGUAAGUUUGAUAACAAGUCUCACCCUAAUUUUAUGAACUAAAAUUAAAGCUAUACAGCAUUGUUAAGUAAUUUCUUAGGGCCUAUUCAUAUUGUUGUAGACUUAGGAUAAACAUAGAAAUUAAUACAUUCUAGGAUUGUGAUUAUUUGGGGGUGGAAGAUAUAAGCUGCAAAAGAAUUUCUGACUGGCUGGGGGGAAGAGCAGACCUGUUAGCAUUAGAAAAAAGGUGCUGAUGGGACAUAGAAGGAUCCUUUGGCCUGGGGAGUCAGAUGUCACAAAGCUUGCCAGGGUAACUGUGUUUGAGGGGACAGGAAAAGGGAGGUUUGAAGCAAGGGUUUCUGGGUAGAAGAAGAAGGAAGUAAGGCUGAGAUCCAUCUUGGUGGGGGAGAAGGAAAGGUUGCCUGCAAUGGUUUGGGCCAAGCUGUAAGAUCUGGAAUUCCUCCAUGCAAACUGAAUGUGUAAAUAGGCGAAUAAACCCUAUUUCUCAAAGCAUGACAGUCUCCGAUGUUUCUUCUGUUCUCCAAAGGGACCCAGACCCUGUGUGUGUGCAUGUGGCCCCAUGCGCUUGUGCCACUGCUUGGUGAAAAUAGGGGCGAGCACUGGGUUUUUGUAACAAUAUGAUUGACAUGUUCAAGUGAUGUGACCUUUGGUGGGCUGUAACACUAUCCCAUAUUAAGUUUUUAACCCUUGACAUAUAAAGCUAACAUGUAAGACGUUUUUGUAAUUGUUGGACAUUGAGAUGUUACAAUUUUCCCGACCUACAGUCUGAAGUGGAUACUUCACACAAGUUUGAAUUGAUGCCGAACCAUAGAAAUGAAGUAAAGAAUCUCAUCUUUUUCAGUGCAACUGAACUAAGGGUCCAUUUUAAUCGGACUCAAAAUUCUUAUGUUUGGCUCAGUUGUGUCCAAAAUUAGCAUGCACCUUUUAGAAAAUGAGAUCUUCAAGUAGCAGGGGUAUUUUUCAACUCAAAAUAAACACAAUUGUUAUAAAAAUCUUCAUAGUUAAGUCAUUUUAAAAAAUGUUCUGGGAAUUCCCUCUUUUUCUUUUCCUUUUCCUAACAUUUCCCCUUCUGUAUCUCACACAAUGUUCCACUUAAGAGAGAGAAAGCAGAGCAAAAGUUUCCAUACCUUUUUAAACAAUACACCACUUUGCAAAUCUAUUUUGUACAUUUGACUAUCCAAGUGCACUUUUAUAUGUGGGGGCUGGUAUUUUUAUAUGACUCAUCAUGGAUAUCUGAAACACUGCUUUAUAGAAAUUCAGAAUAUUUGAGCACAGUUGUUGUUUAUGAAACUACCCGUAUUUCCAUUUUAAGCCCCUGCUCCCCCAGUUUAUUAAUUUCAAGGUCAAAAGUAAUGGGUGGGAUGCACCUAACACUCCCCGUCAGCAGAAGCCCUUCACAAGGACAUCCACUUGUGCAAUGGAGCUUUCCCUCCUUCUGCUUUGCUCACGUGCCCCUCAAAAUGAACUUGGGGUUGGGACAAUCCCAAGAACAAUGGUGGGGGGGGGGACAUCAUUCCAUGUGGCAAGCUGUAAUGCUCACACAGAUGAGUAGUUCAUAAUAACACACCAUUAAAUUCCACCCAAUAUUUUGAGCUUCUACAUAGAAUGAACUGCAGUCCUUUUUUAAAAAACUUCAUUUUUGUAGUUUAACAGAUAUUGAAAUUUACCUUUUACUUAGUGCAUUUUGUAGUCAUCUUGAUCGUAAAAUAGCCACCCUCAAUGAAAAUUAGUAGUCCCCCUCCUGCCUGGGGUCAAUGUCACAGAGCCUGUUUUCCUUUUAAUGUGUACCGAAACAUUUUACAUGUAUUGUUUGGAUGAAAAUAGUUUUGUUCCACAUCUUUGAUUGGAGUUUAUUUGUAAGUAUGUUCAGCUACUGUACUGUAUACAUUGUUAAUCUUUUCACUGUGUCAACAUACAUCUUUUGAAUACCUGGUUUCAUUUUUUCUCUUUCUCAGUUGUGCCACAGCAUAUGUUCUUUUGGCCGAGGAAGAAGCAACUACUAUUGUGGAUGCUGAGAAAUAUUUUAAGCAGGCUCUGAAAGCAGGAGAAACCAUUUAUAGAAAGUCUCAGCACUGCAGUUCCCAGAGUCCACAGCAUGAAGCACAGUUUAGUAAGUAUCCUUUCACAAAUCAUUCAAAAUGGUCAAUAGUGCUGUGCUUGGUCAUGCUCGAAUCUACAGAAGCACUAGAAAAGUUUAAUGCUGAAGGAUUAAAAUCCACAUGAACACAAAAAUUAAAAGUACACAUAAUAAGUACAGGCAGCAGUUGUACAAGCUGCAUUUUAAUUUCAGAAAGUGCUGAAUGUUUUGCACUGCAAUUCUAUAUGUGUCAAAACAGAAGUAAGCUGAACUGAAUACAAUGGGACUCAUUUUCAGUUAAGUGUGUAAAGGAUAAGGCUUUAGCCUUAUUUUAAAAUAUUAUGAGAAUAUUUUAAAAUAUGCUGGUCACAGAAGGAGAGUUGCACUCUAAGAAAGAGGUCAUUCUAUUCACAGAGCAGCAACACGAUACAGUUCUAUAUUAACUACAUUGCAGUUAGCAGGGCUGUGGGAAAUAAUAUUUUACCUUUGGUAUUUUACCUUUGGUGGGUUCAUCCCUCUACCAACAGCUCAUCCUUUUUGCUUUUUCUAGCAAGUCUCUGUCAAUAGCUCAAGGUUACAAUAGCAUUCUCUCUCUUUGUAUUUCUCUCUCUCUUGCUGCCUUGUGCCAUGGAAUGCGGUGUCUUAAUUUUGAGGCCACAAACAAGUUGUCAAACUUCAGUUUUUUAUUACAAUGGAACAGCAAAUAUGUGCUGAAGCUAUGAAUAUGUUGUUUGGAUGAAAGGGUGUUAGAGGGUUUCUUGUCCCACAUCCUUGGAUGUGGUGGCUUGAGGAAAUAGUUGGAUUCCUUGUGCUUCAUAUUAAGUCAGUGUUUGGCACAUCACAUUGUCUGUGCCCCUCCCUUUCUAUUUUCUCAGGAUAUAAUGUUCCCUCCAUUUUGCAGACUCAGAUGGAUAAAUGUUGAUUGACUCCUGUGUGUUUUUUAAAAAAAGUCACUUUGUGAUUUUAUGGGUGUGUUCUGUGGUUUAACUCUCAACCUUCUCAAUAUAUUUGUGGACAGGGAGAGCAGGAUGGAUCUACAACAUAUGCAGAAAUGAAUGCCUGGUUUAGAAAAUGUGUGAUAACUUAGUUUUUAUGUAUUUGAUGUAGCCUCUCUUUUUCCCUAGGAAGAGACACCAAUGUACUGGUUUAUGUGAAAAGAAGACUAGCUAUGUGUGCAAGGAAGCUUGGAAGAAUUAAAGAAGCAGUAAAAAUGAUGAGAGAUGUAAGUUAUCCAGACUUCAAUCCUAUACCCACUUACCUGGGAGGACAUAAGAAGAACUUGCCGGAUCAGGCCAAUGGCCCAACUAGUCCAGUAACUUCUUCUCACAGUAGCCAGCCAGAUGCCUCUGGGAAACUGGCAGGCAGGAUUUGAGCACAAGAGCAUUCUCUCAUCCUGUAGUUUCCAGUAGCUAGUAUUCAGAAUCUGCAUUGCUGCUUCCAGUUGUAGCUCAUCAUGGCUAGUGGCUGAAUUUAAGUCAACAGCACUUACUUCUGAGUAGACGCGCAUAGCAGUGAUGAGGAACAUCCAGCCUGAGAGGCUAUUUUCCCAGUGUCAUGCCAUCUGCCCCCCCCCCCCAUCAUAUAUGAUGUCAGGUCCAGAGCAGGAAUGAUCAGGAGUCUUAAAAGGGGUGCUGAUUGUUCCAUGACUUGUUUUCAGUGCCUGUUAAAUUUGGCAGCAGAUGGAAGUCCCACUGGGAUUGGUUCCACUUGGAAGCUACUGAAUGGAUCUGAACCCUUUCCAAAGUGAGGUUUGAAAUCAGUGCUCUUUGGCUGUUUCGGUCAACUGAGCAAUUCCAUUGCAGAAUGGCUUGAGUUCAAUCUGUGCUGCAAAGGAAAAAUGGGUCAGUUUCACUUUGUAUAGGAAAAGCAGCACCUAUGAUUUCAAGAUAUGAGUGGAAUGUACAAUCCUUUGUGUUUGGUUCUGCUAACCAUGAGUUUGCUACCAAGUCUGUUGACCUAGACUGUAAACUUAGGUACAUUUACUUGGAGGUAGAUCUCAUUUGGGACGUGGGUGGCGCUGUGGUCUAAAACCGCUGAGCUUCUUGGGCUUGCCGACUGGAAGGUCAGCAGUUUGAAUCCCUGUGACGGGGUGAGCUCCCAUUUCUUGGUCCCAGCUCCUGCCAACCUAGCAGUUCGAAAGCACAUCAAAGUGCAAGUAGAUAAAUAGGUACAGCUCUGGCGGGAAGGUAAAUGGUGUUUCCAUGCGCUGCUCUGGCCACAUGACCCGGAAAAACUGUCUGCGGACAAACGCCGGCUCCCUCAGCCUGUAAAGCGAGAUGAGCGCCACAACCCCAGAGUGGUCUGUGACUGGACUUAACUGUCAGGGGUCCUUUACCUUUUUAGAUCUCAUUGAGUUCAUUGGGUUAGUGUGCAUAAUUCAUUUUAUUCUUAAAAUCAAAUUUAAUGCAUUUUUACUUAGUGGAGUAAACAUGCAUAAAACUUGGCUGCAAGAUAGAAAUUUGCGUAGCCUAAUUUAUUCUCUCCUCCUGGCUCCUAUUUACAGUUAAUGAAAGAGUUUCCUCUCCUAAGUGUAUUGAAUAUACAUGAAAACCUCCUAGAAUCACUUCUGGAACUACAGGCUUAUGCUGAUGUCCAGGCAGUUCUAGCAAAGUAUGAUGGUAAGAAUAUAUAAAUGUCAUUGUGUGUUAGAUGCAAGUUGCAGUGUGUGCUUGAAUAAUAUUUUCAUGAAUAACUAGGUCCCUUCCCUCUUGGGGUCCAAGGCCUUCCAUGAUUAGCAGUCAUUUUUCAAAUAACUCAGCAGAGUAGAUAGGUGGUGCCUGAAAAUCAACACAGACAUCUGCUCACCUUGAUUUGUAUCUUAUCUUGGACCUUGGGCAGUUGAUAUAAAUUGGAUGAAAUUAUUUUAUUUGUUCAACUUUUAAAUUGUGCUUUAUCCAAUCAAAAUCCCAGGGUUGUUUGCAAAAUACUAAUUGUUUUUAAGUUAUUGUGUUGUUUGGAUUUUAUUAUGCUAGUUAGGUUGUAAUCCAGCUGGUGAAAGGCUCUCUCUCUAUCUAUCUAUCUAUCUAUCUAUCUAUAAUUCAUUUAAAAAAUAGUAACGCUUCCCCCAAAAUUUAAAGAAGAUAUCAUUUAAGCAGGACAUAUAGGAAUGACAGUUCUAUCCCACUUAUUUUUUUUCUAGUGGCUCUUUUCACUCCAGAGAGCCUAGGGCUUGCUGAUCAGAAGGUUAGUGGUUCGAAUCCCCGCGACUGGGUGAGCUCCCGUUGCUCGGUCCCUGCUCCUGCCAACCUAGCAGUUCGAAAGCACGUCAAAGUGCAAGUAGAUAAAUAGGUACCGCUCCGGCGGGAAGGUAAAUGGCGUUUCCAUGCACUGCUCUGGUUCUCCAGAAGCAGCUUAGUUAUGCUGGCCACAUGACCUGGAAGCUGUACGCCGGCUUCCUCGACCAAUAAAGCAAGAUGAGCGCCUCAACCCCAGAGUCAUCCGCGACUGGACCUAAUGGUCAGGGGUCCCUUUACCUUUACCUUUUUAUGUUAACUUUUUACGUUAUAAUUGAAUAAUGUAUCCUGUCACUAGUAUGUUAUAUUGAUGUUUAUAUAUAGAUCAGUUAGCAGAAGAGACUAAUUACUUCUGUAUGUUCUCAAAGUUACACCGCUUUUUUCGUGGUGCAUCUCUCUGCAAAUGAUUUCAGGUCAAAAAACUAUAAUGCACUUCAAAUUCAGUGCCAGAUUUACCACAUUUUCUGUGAGAGGUGCUCCAAAGGAAUUUUUCCUAACAGUUCUUCCUCUAGGACUGCAUAGUGCUUAGUUGCUUUUCAGCAUACCAUGGAACACAUACAUAAAAUGUAAGAAGAGUUUCAUGUAAACUCUGAACAGUGAUAUUAAAACUAAUUAUCAUGUUUCUGAUGAAGUUAAGGGUGGGAACACAGUUCAGUGGGUGUCAGAUUCACUCCUUGUCCCCUCCAGCAAUGGGUGUUCAAGAUUCAAGAUGCUGAAAAGCUGCUGUUAUUCAGAUGCAAUGCUGGAGCUAGAUGGAGCCAUUGCUUUAACUCAGAAUAUAUUGCAGAUUCUUACACUUGAUAGCUAAGUAUUUUUUAAAAAGUUAAAAAGUAGAUAGUGGCUAAAACUGCCCAUUAACAUGGAAUUGGGGGGGGGGGUGGAUUUGAAGGUGGCUGGAGGCAUUUUAAAAUGUGUUAAUAGAUUGCUUUAACCUGGUUUUAUGACAUUAGUGAUGUUGAAGACUUGCCAGAAACAAUACAUGAUUCUGAACAUUGCUGUGUGGCAACCAGCCCAAAAUUUUGAUCCUCUCAUUUGGGAAAAGGAGGAAGAGAAGUAGCAGCUAGGAAGAGUAACUUCGUGGGAAGUUGUGGUGAUGACAGUAAGGAAAGAGGUGAUUAGGAGAAAAGAGGAAGGAAUGGGACCUAGGGUUGAGAUUGUACAGGAAAGAAAGAUGAGUGACAGAGAAUAUAUGGAACAGAAGAGGUUAUCCCACAUUCUGUUGCUGUGGACACAUGGGUGUUGGGGGCAUAUGUUUUUAUGAGCCACGUCAAUGGCAAUGGGCCUUUAGUCAUCUUGGAAUUCUCAGAAAUAAGAAGCUACAGACAAUUUGGAGCCAUGAUCCAAAGCAGCAGACAUUUGACACAUGUACAAGAGAGUAAGAUGCAUAGCCGUGUCUUUCUCUGUAGUUUCCUCCCCUGAGCUCUCACACAAAGCAAGUAAACUUAGUCUGAAACAUUGCCUUUUCCUUUGUGGUAGCUUUAAAGUACCUCCCUCUUCUUGAAGGGUGUGGUUUUGAAAUGUUUCUCACUUUAGAAUGUAAAUACAACAAUUUAUUGUUUCAUAGACAUCAGCCUUCCAAAAUCAGCGGCGAUAUGUUACACAGCAGCACUCUUAAAGGCCAGAGCAGUUUCAGAUAGGUAAGUGAAAUAUUUCAGAUUCAGAUGUAAAGUGAUAAGCUCUUCACUCUUCUUGCAAGCAAAUAAUUUUGCAUCUGGUAACUGCAAGUAGUGCUUUUGCUUUGUUGGAUUAAGCUCUGGCCCAGCUAAUUUGAGCUUUUACUUAAAAAAAAUUAUUUUCAAUCAGCUCAUCUUAAAAAAGCUAGAUUAUCCUUUGCCUCAGUUUGAGUAACUUGACAAACUUUUGAAUGUUCCUGCAGAUUCUCUCCAGAAACAGCCUCUAGAAGAGGACUUAGUACAGCAGAGAUUAAUGCUGUAGAGGCAAUUCACAGAGCAGUUGAAUUUAAUCCUCAUGUUCCAAAGGUAAGUGUUUGUCCGCGUGCAUGCAUACACACACACACACAAAGCAAAAGGCAAGCCAACUAAAACAGGUGAUUAUUUUAAGAACUUCUCUACAUACACCAUAUUGAGUGUAGAACUACACAGUAUGACCAGCAUUCUGUCUUAUGAGGCAGAUAUAGCAGGCACUUGGGUAAAAUCACUUUUAAACAAAUGGGCUCUGAAACAAGGGGUAAACUCAGUUGGGAGAAUAGUGAUCUCUGGAGUGGGAGUGUCUUCAUGGAGGCACUUCCUGCACUGAUUUCCACCCCCAUCUCCAGCAUUCACGUUUUCUCGGGCACACAUAGGUUUGAGAGCAUACAUUUGCUAAAAUAUCAUAAGACAGAAGUACAGGGUUGUUGUUUUUAGCUCUUCAGAGUUCUGUCACACAUUGACACCAUGUUUUUCUGCAACACCUAACAAUUCAUAAUUGUUAAUCUCAAAUGCUUGCAGCCCAAAAGCAUUUUUGCAUGACAGAGUUUCAGAGAGAUUAGUGUCCUUAUAAUUGGUUUCAUGCUGAGAGAUUACGUAGUUUGUAUGUUUGUUGGCAAAUUUGUUGUUCCUGGUGCUACUAUUUGAUUGUUAUCUUCAAAUAGGAACAGUGCAUUUUCCAUUCAUUGGUGGUUCUGGUGCUAUCAAAUGCUCUCUCCAUUGCCUGUUUUUGUUUUAAGAUAGGCACUGCAGCCUCCAGCCUGCCACAACAUCCUCCCUCUCUCCUAUGUGUCUCCUAACUAGAGCCAUCCCAUUUGGAUUAUUUGUUUAUAUUUGAUGAAAGCAGACUAUUUCCUAAUCCAGGCAUAGGCAAACUUGGCCCUCCAGAUGUUUUGAGACUACAGUUCCCAUCACCCCUGACCACUGGUCCUGUUAGCUAGGGAUGAUGGGAGUUGUAGUCCCAAAACAUCUGGAGGGCCGAGUUUGCCUAUGCCUGUCCUAAUCCUUCCUUCACCAUUCAAUGAAUUCUUUACUUUAGCUAUCACUGAGAAGGACUCUGUUUUUUAUUGGUCUCUCACAGCACUUCUGAGGUCCUUGGCCUCACUCAGACGUGCUGACGCACUUCUUGACUUGCGUGUUCAGAUCCCAGCUGUUCUUGUUGGUUUUCUGAAAUCACAGUUGCUGGUAAAGUUCUGCAAAUGCUGUUAAUACUGGCAGGAGGAUCCUAAUCAGUCUGUCUUGAAGUGAAUCAUGGAGCCCUUGGGGAUGGUAGGGUUAGGAAGAACACACGGGGAGGGUGUAAUGUCACGACUGGCAGGGAGAGUGGGGGAAUCAGAGAAGGGGGUAACAGAAGAGGGAGCAGUUGUAUUGCACUGCUGGCAAAGAGAUAAACAAUGGUGUGUAAAGUGGUGUGUGUGUUUCUGUAGAGUUGUCUUGAGUUAAGGAUGUGUGGCUGAGCUAGGUGUAUGUACAAGAAAGAGCGAGUGUGGGGUAGCUAUGCCUGAUUUGGUUUUGACCAUGCUGGUAUGUGGUCCUCAGAGGGUGGAUCAAGAGGCAGUAUGGCCCUCAGAUUGAAAAUAAAGUUCACCACCUCUGAUCUAGGGAGACUAGGAAUCUCAUGUUUUCCUCUAGCCCUUUUUAAAAAGAAUUUUAUGGUUCUGAGCUCACUGUCUUUCAAGAUCAGUGUCUUUUCACCCCCCCUGCUAUUAUUUAUUUUCAAUUUUAUUUGUUUUAUUGUUCUGUUUGUAAAACCACUUUGUGUUCCGUUUUGAAAGGUACCAUAAAUCUAAAUAGAAAUAUAUAAACCAUUUCAGCUUCUGUAAUACCAAGCAUUCACCUCUGUGUUUCUGCUGGCUGCUUUUGAGCUCCUCAGUUGAUAAAUAGGUUGGCUGAUCAAGGCAGUCCUUAGGAUCUCCUGCUAAACAGACUCUACCUGCUUCCCCAGCCAUAAUUUUCCAUACAGAGGGAGAUAAUAUAUGUUAACCUCCAUAGGGUGGGCACUUGUUUAACUUAAUGAAACUUUCAAAGACCAUGAAAUAGUAUGCUGUCCUAGAGCAUGAUUUUGUUUUCUGAUUGGUAGAAGCAUGUUGACUGAAUUUCCAACCUAAUAUAAUUUCCCCUUAAGUAGGGUAGUGAAUGUGGUGCCCUCCAUAUGUUGUUGGACUACAACUCUCAUCAUUCCAGACAAUUGACCAUGCCGGCUGGGGCUGAUGGGAGUUGCAGUUCAAAAACAUCUAAGAAGCACCAUGUUGGCUACCCCUGUCCUAAGAUAAGAGACAAUGUUUGAGCUUGUUUAAACAUAACUAAGAAAAAGCAAUGAGUUGGUGCCGCUUGUUGUCAAGGCAUGAUUUAAUAUGAGCUCAAAGGGUCAUUUAAGGUCCCUGUUUAGAUAUGGAUUCCAGAAAAAUAGAACACAGUGGACCCCUCUGUUUAUUCUUGAAUUCACACAGCCCGUACAAAUGUAUUAAUAUAUAGCCCUAUUACUUUGAUUUCCAAGUAAACAUCGUGCAAGUUGACACUAUAUAGAUUAGUAAAAAUAAGAAGAAAAUCGGGGAAAAUGUGGGAUAAACAGGACCACUAAUACUCCCAGGGAUUGUAAGCCUCCUUAGGGAGAUUCACCUACCACUUUGAGAACCAUGGGAACAGAACAACUAUCCAGGAAAUAAUGAUCGUAUCAGCAUUUUUGGGGGACAAUUUCAUCUGUAGACAGUCAGAACUAUAGCAUAUUGUACUAGAACUAAGUUAAAAAUAACUCCUCUAGGGAAGAACUUGUUUUUUGCAUGCUUUUAUUUGUUUUUUUUUCCAAAGAGUCAAUUGUUAAUGGACCACUUUCUUUGUCUAAUAGGAAGUGAAAGCUUUUUCUAAAUGGCUGAAAUUUAGGAUUUUGUCCAGUUGAAAACUAGAUGUAUCAGAUAAGUGAGACAAUAAGAAACAGAUGGGUUCUCAGAAAGAUAUUUGAGUAAGUGUUUUAGUUCCAUCCUUUUGUUUGUGACUAUGGCUAGCUCUAAAUGAACCUGUAAACCAUUCUACAUACAGUGGGUUUGAUCCUUAUCCAUUUGAAUAUAGUGCUUUCCCAUGCAGGAAUACCCAUAGGAUAAGUAUGGUUUCUGCUUUGAAGAAAGAUGUUCUCCUUUAAUGGGGACCAUUUUUUCUUGGAAGCAGGGCCUAUUGGGGCUUGAAACUGUUCCUAUGGAAGGCAUUUCUUUUGUGCAAACUAAUUGGAGGAGACUGGAAGGAUAUCUUACUGCUCCUCCAGAGACCUUGUUUUCAUCCCUGAACCUUGCUCCUCACACUUCUCUGGAGAUCCACCAUCCUGUCAAAAGUGGCCCACAAAGGGGUGGCCACUUUAGAAUCUGGCCUGCUGAGCCAAAGUUGUUCUUACCCCUGAACUACAGCAUCUCUUGACAGAUGGUUGACCAGCUUCUGACCAGAUACCUCCAGUGAAGCUAGUGCCUACCAGCUGCUCAGACAGCCUAUUCCACUGUCAAAUAGCUCGUAACAGUUAGGAAGUUUCUUCUAACGUUUAGCUGAAAUUGGUUUCCCAGCAGUUUCCAGACUUUUAUUACGUCUGACUUCUAGUAUUCAGAUCUUUCAACUGCUCUUCAUAGAGCUUGGUUUCCAGACCACCUCACCAUGCUGGCUGGACAUUCACCAGUCCUUUUUAAAUGUGGCACCCAAAACUGAACCCACUACUCCAGAUGUGGCCUGACUAGCAAAGAGUGGAACUAUUUUCCCAUGUGGUCUGGACUCUGUAUAGUGCAGUUGCAGCACACACACCUUUUACUUAAGCAAAUUCAAUUAUGCACUCUUGGCUUUUGAGGAAGCAGCAGCCUUCCCAACCGUGGUUGCAUCAGAGGUGGCAGCUCCAAAAUGAGUGAAAUGAGUGGAGAAGCUGUAGAGGCAGAUGGAAGAAUAAGAAGAAAUGUUGAGCUGCUGGCUGGACAGAGAGAGGCUGACAGAGCUGCAGGCAAAACAAACCCCCCAAAUUGGAAUUAAGCCACAUUUCUGCCUGCCUCUCUCCCUGUCUGCUUUUCUCUCCCUUUUCGCAUCUGAAGGAACCAAGCUUCCCCCCACUUUUCUUGCAGCCUAGGGAGCCAGUGCAGGAAGGUCCUCUGCGCAGGAUUUCCCCCACUUCCAGCAGGCAGCUUUUGUCUAUAUGCAAUUUUGUGUAUGUGCUGUGUAGAACAUAGUGCUCACAUGAGUGCUCUGGAACGUAGUGCUCACAUGAGUUGCAAUCUUACUGUACUGUUAAUGAAAUGUAAGACUGUCUUACCUCUUUGAGCAGUUGCAUGCACUACCAGCUCACUACCAGCUCAUUUUACUGUAAACUUGGCAGGAUAAUUGUAAAUCCUGACAGCAAAAUUGAACCUCAUAAACUGAAAAAGAGCUUUUUGUCAUGCCUUUCUGAGCUUCCAUAAGUGCCUCUUCAUGCAACAUUGAGGACUGAUUUUUGCCCUUAGUCUUUCUGCAGACAAUAUACAUGACCUUUAUGAACAUAUUCUUUUGCAGAACAUGUGGCUUACUGGGCACAUUGGUGCUGAUCAGUGUUAAGGGAUUAUGUUUUUAAUUUGUUCUGCUGGCAAAAUAUAAACUUUAAUAUAAUAUUGUACAAAUGCUUCACUGUUCUAGAUAAUGCAAUUUGUGUAUUUCAAUUAAACUGUUAGUUAUAACAAAUUUUAAGUGUUCUCAAUAUCUGAGACUGGGAUGACCAACAUGGUCCCCUCCAUAUAUUGUACUCCACCUCCCAUCACUCACAGCCAAUAUGACCGGUGGUUAGCGAUGAUGAGAGUUCUAGUUCACAGCAUCUGGAGGUCGCCACAUAAAUAUUAUCUCUUAGCUAUGUUGUCUAAUAUUUCUAAUAUUAGAAACUUACAGUGAUUAUGUUUAAUUUGCUUGUGUAGCUACAGAAGUGCCAGGUAAAAGAGUGACUUAAAAAGAAAAUUAAAACAUCCAUGAGGUUAAUUUGGAUAACCUGAAACAUAAAUGUUUAAGCUGAUGUAAUUAACUAAUUUCUUAUCCUGACCAAAUUCUGUUUCCAAGACAGAUUUUAAAAGCAUUUUAUUUUCAUGUCAUAUGGAACAAUUAAAGCCUUCCUACCACACUCGUACUGUGUAUAUCACCCAAUGAGAUGAUCCUAGAUGGGAGACUCCCCCCCCCCGUCCAACUUUCCCCUAAAUGAGUGUAUACAGUUGGAAUUUCAACCAGCUCUGUACAUUCCUGACACUGAUGAUAUAUGGCCCUUGCAGUCUUGAUAGUGGAAGGAUGGCUUAUCCCCAGACCUAAUCCUCCUCUGAUAAUCGGGACGUCCAAAUGGUUCUUUCCUUGAAGGUCUGAAUUUAUCCAUCCAGUCUUCUGUCUGCCUGUCCAAUCUGAUAGAAUGUGCACUGAGAGAGCUAAUUGCUGAGAGAAUUUGCUGCUUGCCUGCAUGACUGAUCAAGAGCACAGCAAGUUCAUUUCAGACAGUCUCAGACAGAUUUUGCUUCAUCCUCUGCCUUUAGGGGGAGAAGAUUAUGAUGUCUUAUCAUUAUCUAAGAGUUAGGUGUCUCUUCAAUUGCCUCAGAACUGCUGUAUCCUUAAGGAGUUUAAUAUGUCUGUACCAUCUUUUUGUGUUGUCCUGACUAGCUCUGUGUGUUGUCAAGAAAAUUAGCGCUUCGUGUUAUCCAUAAUUCUAUCUUCCUUUCUGGUCAUGCUUUCCUUCAGAUUUCAUUAUUUGUAUUGAUGCAACUUCCAUCUGACAAGGAGCUGGGGAGAAUGGUGUGCCAGCAGUGUUAGAUACAGGCACAGCUUCUUUAGAUUAAGGAAGAGUCAAGUUCUGGAAUAUAUUGUGUCUAUGGUUUUCAAUUUAAGCGAUAACAGGCUUGCUUGACUGCUUGGUUUAUUUGUGUGUGUGUGUGUGCAUUCCCACCUCUGCUAUCUGAGUUUCCAGGGAAUGUAUGUUCAAUCUUAUAGUUAAGCAUGAAUCUGAAAUAACAAAUGCUUGUUUUAGAUGUGCAUUUUUCUUGGUCAAAACUAAAGUUUCAAGAUGCGUGGUCCUGUGCAUAUCUACUCAGAAAUAAAUCUCAUUAAUUCAAAUGGAUCUUUCUUCUGGAAUUCCAAAACUUCUUUUAUCAAACCUUAGUUGCCUUAUAAAAUUUGUAUAGCACUUUUCACCAGACACACUCAAAGUGUUUUCCAACAGUACUGAAAGCUACAGUUAUUAAAAUGAAAUACAAUUAAAGCAAAGCAAAUAUUACAACAAUAGAGGGUUGUAAAAUUCCAAAGAUUUGGGAGAGGUGCAAAUUUGAACUGUACAGUGGAAAAGUGUAAGUGAUUAUUCUGUCCAUACCGUUGGGCAAGGUUUCAGAGUCAAGGUACAAUCACAGAGAAGGCCCACAAUACUCAUAGGUGGGACUGCAAAUAAGGCACUCUCAACUGAUUUUGGAGCUCAAGCUGGUUAAUAUGGAGAGAGGCACUUCAAGUCAUUCAGGGCUUUAACAUACUAUUAACACCUUAAAUUGUAGGUAGCCGGUGAAGCUCCUGCAGAAUAGGUGUAAUAAGCCUAGGAGCAUCUGUUAAAACUUUAGAUGCAGCUGUAUGUAGAGUGUAUUACAGUAAUCCAACUGGGAGAUUACUAGAACAUGUAAAACUAGCUGGGAUAUUUUGAUCCAGGAAUCUAGAAGAGGCAAAAUACACAUUUUCCCAGAACAAGGACCACCCACCAACAGUGUUUUCACCAAGUCAGGAUUCAGUUUAUUGGCCUUCAUCCAGCUAAUUACUACCCUCAGGCACUGGUUCAGCACAAACAGGGCUAUAUCUAGUUUAGACGGUUGUUGUUGUUUAGUCGUGUCCAACUCUUCAUGACCUCAUGGACCAGAGCACGCCAGGCACUCCUGUCUUCCACUGCGUCCCGCAGUUUGGUCAGACUCAUGUUUGUAGCUUCGAGAACACUGUCCAACCAUCUAGUCCUCUGUUGUCCCCUUCUCCUUGUGCCCUCCAUCUUUCCCAACAUCAGGGUCUUUUCCAGGGAGUCUUCUCUUCUCAUGAGGUGGCCAAAGUAUUGGAGCCUCAGCUUCACAAUCUGUCCUUCCAGUGAGCACUCAGGGCUGAUUUCCUUCAGAAUGGAUGCCUUUAAUCUUCUUGCAGUCCAUGGGACUCUCAAGAGUCUCCUCCAGCACCAUAAUUCAAAAGCAUCAAUUCUUCGGCGAUCAGUUUAGACGGUACUGAUAUACAUUGCUGAAUGUCAUCUGCAUGUUGAUGACACUGAGUUCCAAACUCUCUGAUGAUGUGACCUAAUGACUUCAUAUAGAUAUUUAAAUAGCAUUGGGAACAAAAAUAAGGAUUGCAGAACUUGGGGCUAAGCCAAACUCAGCUCUUUGGAAGCAGCCCUAUAGGUAGGUCUGGGAUCACUGUAACACUGUGAUCCCAACCCACCAAGUUACUCCAGGAGUAUAACAUGGUUGAUGGUAUCAAAAUCCACUAAGUGUUCAAGGAGAAGCAACAGGGUAACACUUCCAUUUCUCUCCUAAAGCAAGUUAUCAGUCACAGCCGUCUCUGUGCCAAAACCAGACCUGGGACUCAGCUACAUUUGUAAAGAUAAAGCACUUUAUAUGCAUUAUAACACUGUGACACCAGAUGGCAAUGUGGAGUCCUGUCUUUCACCAAUGGGAUUCCCCUGUAUGAAGUUUACAACAAGUUUAACUGAAACACUUUUUCGAUGUGUCUAGAUUCAGCCCUAGUGCUGAAUUAAAUGGGUCAAGAUAAUUGCUUUUCCUUUUAGUAUGUCUGAAAUUGCAUGGCCACAAGUCUCUUGAGCACCUUCCUCAGAAAGGGAUGUUAGUGACUGAGUAGUGGUUUAGAUCCUCAUGAUCUAGGCAUGGUGAUGUACCCCUUCCUUUCAAUAUGACAAGGAACACUCUCUGCUACAAGGAUGCAUUUACCACACUUGAGAUUACCUCAACCAGCUUUGACAGUUGGUACACCAACAUGAUCACUGUUCUGUUUCUCUGGUAGUACAAACCCUCCACACUGGCACCCAAGUGCACUUGCUUCUGGGGAGAAAUGGGUGGCUUUUUUGGAAAUGACAGCAACACAACUCUCUCUCCGUGUGUGUGUGUGUGUGUGUGUGUGUGUGUGUGUGUGUGAGAGAGAGAGAGAGAGAGAGAAAGAAACAGGUUCUGCAUGCCAAAUUUGCAACUAAAAUACUUUUAGCAUGCCAUCUCCCCCUCCCCCCAUACGAAAGCAAAUAGCUAAACAAGUGAUUUAGAACUAGCUAUUUUUCUGCAGUUUCCACUUAUUUAUCUUAUGUGUCUGCAUGGCAUAAUGUAGCAAGACAGGCAGAUUUAACCCCCUGAGCUGGAGAGUUCACAAUUAGUGAUUGAGAGGCUAAUAUAGUCGAAGCUUGACCAUUGUUGCAACUUUCCCCCUGCCUUAUUUAAGAAAUCUAUCUCAACAGCAAACUAGUUACUGAAGAUCAUCAGGGGUCAUGUCAGAGGUCAGAUAUUUGAGACCAUUUUCCCACAAUGGCUCUCUACAAGUGAUCCCUUACUGUGUUAAAAAAAAAAUUGUCAAAGAGGAUUAAAUGGGAUUAGUAAGAAUAUUACCCUCCCAGAAGUAGCCCCAAGACACAAAAUGAAGAACCUAGUGAAGCAGUAAAUGCACUAUAUUUGACCAGGGCACAACCUUGGCUACAUUCCUUCAAGAAUCUGAAUGGGAAAAGUUAAGUCCUCUAAACUGGAUUAGUAAAUAAUCUCAUGGUUUGUGGCAUCUGCUGAAAAAUCAUUAAGUUCACUGCAUUCUUACAGUUUGGGGGAGAACUGACAGUGUUAUUGACUGCAGUGAUCAAGGAUGUGAUUAGCUUUGGCCAUUAUUGUGUGGAUCAGGCCAGUUCAUAAAUGACUUCAUCAAAGUCAUUCAUUUAAUGUUCUCUAAACGUUCUCUGAUUUGUUUUCAUCAAUGAAAUUUUAAACCUGCAAUUCUUAGUACUUUACUCUGAAAAUAUUUCAAAAAGAAUUUCUAAAAGGGGGGGGGGAAUACUCAAGUAAUUAUACACUAACAAGAGCAUUUAAAGUAACUAUUUGCAUUUUGUGGAAGAGUAUACCUGUAGAACAGGAAUGGUGAACCUGUGGCCCUCCGGAUUCUGUUGAACCCAACUCACAUAAGACCCUGCCAGCAUGGCCAAGGAUCAUGGAUGAUGGGAGUAUACUCCAAUAGCAACUUGAGAGCCACACCUAUCCCUGUGGAAUGCCCUGCCUUCAGGGGUCAAGGAGAUAAAGAACUACAUAACUUUUAGAAGACAUCUGAAGGCAGCCUUGUAUCGGGAAGUUUGUAAUGUUUGAUGUUUUACUGUGUUUUAUACAUGCUGUAAGCCGCCCAGAGUGGCUGGGGAAACCCAGCCAGACGGGUGGAGUAUAAAUAAAAUUAUUAUCAUCAUCCCAUCCCUGGUAUAGAAUAGACUCAGUAGAUUGCUUUGUGAAUGGCAUGUGAAUACAGUUCUCUGUCCUUCUCUGUCUGGUUGAGGACACAAGUCAAUUUGGUAAGGCUAAUAGCCUCCAUCGCCUUUUGUUUUACUGGGAGACAAAGCAGUGAAGGCAGAGUACUGAACCAGAGCCAUACCGUAACAAUUGCCAGACUUAUUUAUUUAUUUUAAGAGACCUAUUAAUGGAGUUUCUUGUGUGUCACUGUUUGGGACCUACCUAUCAGUGUGAAACCCUAGCAAAGACAAACUCCCUGGGCUCCUCAAAAUUUUGUUUUCAACAGGCCCUGCUGGCAGUUGAGCACAUCACCCUUAUUACUUCUGUAAUUUACUGUUGUAUCCUCUUCCACUUCUUGGGAGUCAUUUCCUUAUAAAUCGUGUUGAUUGUGAUUAUUUGUUUCUGCUGUCCUAAUCUUGUUCUUGCACGUAAAUGUGGAAGUUCAUUGCUCUGUAAAAGGAACAUGCACUAUUUCCCCCACUUUGGCAUAUUUAGCAGUGCAAACUAAGUUGCAUUUUUGAAGAAAGCAGUAAACAAAAACCACCCAUGUUAGUAGUAGCAUGUUGCUUUUCCAGAUGCAUUGUCUUCAUCUAGAUAGUGGGCCUUCUUCAAUGGAGAAAAGAGUGCCUGUGAUUGAAGGGGUUGGGAAGGGGGCUUUGGAGUACACAUGGUGCUUUUAAUGGCUUUUACUGGACUGCGGAGUUGCUUAAUCCCUGGCUACCACUUCAGUUUUCAUUAUGAUUUGUGUUCAGCCAGUGCUGUCUGUUGCUGAAGGGUGUCUUCUGUUUGAUAAAUUCUCUAAGAACUGGGGUUUAGUAUUAGCACCUAAUAUAAUGAUUGCAUCACGUGGACUGAAGAUUUUCACUGAUGUUCUGUCUCCUAGUCUGUCUAGAAAGGCAAUUACAUGUAUGUUCCUGGAACCACUUUGCGUACUGCAAUCUGAAGUCUGAAUGUGUUUGUAAAAUAUGAACACUUAUCUGAUUUAGUCUUUCCCCAUUGAGUGGUGUCUGUAUAUGCCUGUACAUAAGGCGCUUCUCAAAUUUGCAUUUGCCAAAUAAUCCACAUUUUGUUGUCAGCAACUUUUAUCUCUAAUGUAAUAUAUGGAUCAAGCUAAAAGUAAUUUUGAAAUAUUUGAAAGUCUGUGUAUACGAAAAACUAACCUCAAUAGCCUGUGUAGCUUCACAUCACUUUACACAUUUUCUUCCAGUACUUGCUAGAAAUGAAAAGCUUAGUUUUGCCUCCGGAGCAUAUCCUGAAACGUGGAGACAGUGAAGCAGUGGCAUAUGCUUUCUUCCAUCUCCAGCACUGGAAGCGAAUUGAAGGGGCGCUUAAUCUGUUGCACUGCACAUGGGAAGGCAGUAAGUAUUCUUUGCUAGUGGCAUGAGCUAAUAUUUCUCUCUCUCUUUUUUGGAUCAUUAUUUUUAAAUGUGCAGCUGGAGCUCAACUGUGAGGCUGUCCUGACUCAUUAUUGAGGUUCCCUCUGCACUUUAGUUAGUUUUGGUAUUAGUUCUUGUCCAGAUUUCAGUCACAUUGAAGGUGCAAUUAAGAUGACACAGGUGUUCAGCUUGUGCUCUCUUUCUGCUCCAAGGAUCUAAAAAUACAUGCAUGUAGGUGUUCUCUUCUGCAGUGUGAACACUAAAAGAUCUAUUGUGCAUGCAUAUUUCUUUUCCUUGUCCACCCCACCCAUUCCUUCCAAAAGCCAGUUCAUGGAGUUACUUCAGUGUAACUGAAUGCACAACCAGAGUACUUCGGGGGGUGGGGGACAAAAUAGCUGAUAUGUAGAAGAGCAUGUGCUGCUAAUAUUCCAUUCUUAUGAAAGAAACCCCUGUUGCACCACUUUGCCAGUUUUCUAAGAAAGUUUUCUAAGCUAGAUGGGGUGUUUCAAACUAAAAAUGUCAAGAAGUAUCUUGGAUCGUAUUCAUAUUGUCUUAGAAUCAUAGUUAGAAUCAUAGAGUUGGAAGGGACUCCAUGGAUCAUCUAGUCUUGUUCUUCGAUGCCAACAAGAUGUAUGCAACAUGCCAUGUGAAUAUUGAAUUCCUAUCCUAUUUGAUUUGUGAAAGAAGACUGGAUGGCUUGGGAGGUGAUUGUCAGUGAGUCUGAGGGUAGCUAGAAUGGUGCUAAUUUAAUAAAAGGAAUCUGAACACAGAUAUGACUUUGUUUCCAGGCGACUCUAAUAAAGUGAAUUUUGCAUGGGUCUGAUGUUGAUGAUUUUUUUUUUACCUCCUCAGCCUUUAGAAUGAUCCCAUAUCCAUUAGAAAAGGGCCAUCUAUUUUAUCCUUAUCCCAGCUGCACAGAGACAGCAGACAGAGAGUUAUUACCAAGUAAGAAAAUGUUCCAUUUCUCACAUUUUAUUUUUUCCAUCUACAGUUAAUGACAAAAGUCUGUUCUCUUUCUGUGUGGCAUUGUGCUCAACUGGAAUACCUGUGUGUCUAUAUAUGCAUACAAUAAAUAUUCCAUACACUUGUACACUGAAUGCAGUUAGCUUUUAAAUAAAUGAAGCAGCUAUCCAACAAUGUAAAUUAGCCCCCUUUUGUAUCUUAUAUUUGAAGUGGUGGUGGGAUUGUGGUCCAACUCCUUCCCAUUCUGCAAAGAAAAUGUCAAUACCUCACACUAUGGGAGAGACCACCUCAGUAUGACUUCUCCCCACAGCAGCAUUGCCUCUGGUGGCCAGGAGGUGAGGCGCUGGUGUGGGGAAGAGCUGUGGCUUGUUCUCUUUUCUACAUGACUUGGGGUUUCUAGUACAAGAUCUUAUGGCAUUUGUAUUUAUUACACACACACACAUAAAAUACCUUGCUGUAUACAGGAAUAUAUAUAUACAGAUACAAUAGAACAUAAAAUACCAUAAAAAUAGUACAAAAUAAUCAUAAAGAUUACUGGUAUGGAAUGGAGUUGUGCUGUGGUGAGUUCUAUGCUGCGAAGAUAACCUGAGGAGGGGAAUUUUUCUAAAAGGAGUGGUGUUAAAAUAUCAUUGUCCCCUUUUGUGUCUUUAGCCAGUCUCAGUGUUACUUGACAAUACUGCCCCUCGGCUUUGUGGUUGUUGAGUUUCUUUCCCUACUUGUUUGACUGGAGCAGCAUUCUCUGCACUCUAGGUUAGUUCUAUCAAAAGGGAAGAGCAUUUUAAAUGGCCUGUGUUCUCCUUCGUGCACCCCAGGCCAGAAUGACAAUUUCUUUCAGGUGGGAAAAUAUUGAAUGAGUGCUUCCCUUGUGGGAAUGUCAAUUUGAUCAGCACUCUUGUGGACAUUUCCACUGUGAAGAAAAUGCUCAAUAUCUAGGUUUCAGAAUGGUCACCGUGCAGUUUUAGACACCAUCACAUCAGCGAGAAGCUGCUGCACUCCUUCAGUAAGCAACCUGCACAGCUUGAUUGAAGACCUACAUUUGUGGGUGGUAUAGAGGUCUUUAUCUGAAUUGUCUUGUAUAUUUAUGUUGGUCAACUUGGAGACUGUACUAUAAAAAGGCAAGAUAUAAAUAUUUAAUAAUUAGACUUGCAUACAUUUGCUUAACCUGCAGUUUCAGAUAACACUUUUGAGCUUUAACUCAAUGUUUUAAAUAAAAAAAGGCUAUUUUCUUUCUGGCUUCUAAAAGGCGAUACUCAAAUGAGGAGAGAAACUGGCCCAAGGUCAACUUGUUCAGCACAGACCCAUGCUGGAAAUGUGCCAUACCUAAAGAUUGCAGCUAGUAUGGCUGUUUUAAGCACAUAUAUUGUCAUGACACAAGCACAUAGCUUGGCAUGCUGUGUACUUUUGUAUUUUUCUGUAUGUUGCAAGAGUUGCUCAGCUCUCAGAUGUUUGGAGAUAGAUGUAAAGUAAAGUGAAUUUUAAAGAUAGGUGAACAUGAAAGUUAGGCAAUGAAAAACCUUGCUCAAAAAUAUGUUCUGUUAGAUAGGUAAAAAUGAGUUACACUCACAGAGAAAUUCCUGGUGUGCUAGGAAGGGCGCCAUUCACUUAAAUAACUGAAUCCUGAAGUCAGAUCAGGAAUGUUUCAUAUGUUCAAUAUUUUCUGUAGGGAAAAAAUAUGUUAAUGACACAGAUUGUUCUAUAGGAAUAUUACAGAAUGGGGAGUGAAAUAGAUCCAUGUGCAAUUGUUGCUUGUGGUGAUCCCCCCCUUUUCAAAAAUUAUUUUUUCAUGCAUAAACACUUCCUACAAGAAAUGUGCAUGGUCUUCAAAGGAUUCCUAAGAUGUUUCAAGUCUGGUAUGAUAAACAAUUGCAAUUAAAAAACCUGAGUUUUGAAAUAUUUUGGUAUAAAGCCCUAAUAAAAGUGAGGUUGUUUUGGCCUUCUGAAUUUCAAACCCUUAGGAUGCAUGGCUGUCACAAUUGAUUUAACCAGAAAGUGGUCAACACUUAACCAGCCCUUAUAAAAUGGCAAACCUGCCUUACUCAUACCAGACAGCCAUAGAGCUUCCUAACCACUAGAGUUUCCUAAUCACAUGUACUUGACUUGUACUAGAAUCUAUGCAAAAAUAGAGGUUCUUUGCCACACUGGUAAAUUCUAACCUUGAGUUAGGCUCUUGAUAGUAGCCCACGAACGAUCCUUUGUAAAGUGAUUUGAAAAUAUGCUUCUCAGUUGCUAAGUGCGAGAAUUUUGGUGCCCCUUUAUUUUAUAAUGAGGGUUUUGUUUCAUGCUAGGUGCUGGUGAGAUUCUGAUAAGUGUUAACUUCUCCAUCUUGGGAGAACUUUGUUUAUAAAGUAUAUGGCAUACUUAUAACUAAAGCAGCCAAGGGGCACAUCUGCCACAAGUGCACUUGCAUAUUUUUGCAAUUCAAUAAAAAAAUUAAAUCUUGAAAAGCUCUGUUUAAAAACUAAUUAAAAUCUGCCCCCAGACUGCUCUAAAUUACUCAUUUCUCACUCAUGCAGGAUAUUGCUCAAAGAAUGCCUCUGCUAGUGACGAACCCUAAGCCAUCGGCUUCCCGGUAUAAUUAAACUCCAGUGCAUGAAGACAUUUCAGCACAAUCACUCACGCAUUCCUGUUAAGUUUUUAAAUACAAAACUAUCCAUAAAUAAAAUCAUCUUAACACUUUUUAUGCUGCUACUCUCCAGCAGGUUUCAAAUUUUAAAAAUUCUGUUGCUUUGGUCAAUUCUUAAAAGGAAAGAACGUUUUACUCCAUUGAGGCUUUCACUGAUAUAUAUCUUAACUGCAAAGGGUGUAUUUUAAAAUAAUUCUUAAUUUAAUCAGUGUUGCAGAUUCCUCCCCUCUAUUUAAAGUUAGAUCAUAGUUCAUCUCAGAUAGGUCUUUCUUCUUUGCAAAAUCACGACCUUUAUCUAACCAUCCCUAAAAUACCUGGAAUAUCAAAUAACUAUUGCCAUUUCCCCCCUUCCUUCCAGCAUUUCAUGAUGUGUCUGUGUACCCGCAGAAGGAACUUCCUUUUUUCAUCCACUUUACUGCAGGGCUGUGCUCUUUCACAGCAAUGCUAGCGCUCCUCACACACCAGUUCCCGGAACUUAUGGUCAUUUUUGCUAAAGCUGUAAGUAUUGACUCAACUUACUUAAUGUAUUUAUAUGACAUGCAGAAACCACCUCUGGAACACUAUAAACUAAUUCAGAACAAUGGGCAUCUAAAAACCUGAUUCAGCAUAGCUCAGUGUUCCUCUUUUUUUAAGAGAGGAUUUUUCAGAGGUGAUACAUGACGAUCUUGGUUUUCUUUCGGCAGCUGGACUGUAUCUCAUUAUGGGGAAACAUCUGAUGUACCACAAUUUCCAGUUUUAAAGCAGGACAUGGGGGCUCUUAAGCCAUUUCAAACCACAUGCAGUUUUUCUUUGACUGUAAGGAUUUGCUAAUAAUUACAGUGGGGUUGCCAUACUUCCAGAGUACUGUUUUUUGCCCAAAAUCUCAACUACUUUGGGCAAAACACCUUUGCCCAAAAAAGCUCAACAACUUUCCAGAUUUUCAUUGUUUGAAAUAUGGCAACCCUAAUUUACAGUGUUUGAAUUAUUAGCAUGAAAAUAUUGAGACUAUCUUCCAGUAUCCUGUUACAUAUGAAGUACAUAUACAAAUAAUAGAUAAACGGUUGCAUUCUUUCUUGCUGUACCCUGGGAGCCAAUUGGGAGCUAGUGGCUGACCAAAGAAAACUUCUUUUAUAUGGUCUAAAUGGAAGCAUUGCUUGUCUAUUUACCCUAAUACUGUUUAGUUUCCAUUCCAUGUAUGGCAAAUAUGGCAAGUUAAGUCUCUGGAGCAUAAAAGGAUUUUAUUUUAUUUUACGCUUUUAAAACACUACGUUUCUGUAAGCUUUUUUGAUUAUAUAGAUAGCUUACUCUGGCAGGAAGGCAGUCAAUUUUCACUAUGUGAUUUUCUUUUUGUGUUGAUAGCACAAGGCAAACACAAUUAUCAAAGGGAUAAGUGGACUUUAUAACAACAAGAAGUACAAGUAGCAUUGUUCAAACUGCAGAAUAAAAUUAUAUGGUAAAAUAAAAAUAAUUUGAGACAUGUCACAUGGGAGAGGCAGAAUGGGACCCAUAAUAAAUACAACUUCAAUAGCAAAUGCCCUCAUUGACAAGAAUUCCUAAAGAGGGUUGUAAAGGUAAAGAAAGCACUAUCUUUGGCCAGUUUUCAGUGGUUAUAUCAGAAGAUCAGGACGAUUGGCUAACAUUUUGUAGAGAUAGAGUUCAAUAUUCAACAUAUUUUCUUGAUAGUCAGUAAUCAUUCUAAUAUGUUUAGAAGCUUGAGUCAUGAGGGCUUUAGUUACCUAAACUGGUAUUCUGAAAAGGGAUCAGGUAGACGUUUGAAUGAACUCUUCUUCAAGCUGACUGCUUUGAUUAAUAGCCUGAAUUAUGCAAAUGUUAUUUAUUUACUUACUGGCUAUUUCUUGUCCAUCAUUCAUCCCAAAGGCUUCCAGGGCAGGAUACUAGCUUAAAACGCAUACACUUAGAUACAGUGUCACAAAAUGUUGUAUAGACUUGGUUCAAAUACAUUAAAACAACAGGAACAACUAAAACCAUUAUUAAGACCACAAAGCAGACUAACUACUACUCCGCUCAACCCCUUAAAAUUGCAUGAGCAAACAAACAUAUCCAUCCUUGGCACUGAAACAACUAACACAUCAGCACAAAGCAUACUUCUAAGGCCAGAGAAGGAUAGGAAGAUGCUUCCAGGAUCCUAAUGAAUACUGUUCAGUAAAUAUACCAUGCAUUCCAUAUUCACAGGGCACCAGCAUUGUCUGGUAGAUCUUCAAUUUACCCUCCUUUUUGAAGCAAGCAUCCUACCUCUUUUCAGAUUUGUUUUGAAGGUCCAUUGAACCACACAUGUAAACAGAUGAUGUCACAUGUACCAUCUGCUGAACUAUCGUUUCUUUUCUUUUCGGAUGUACUACACGCCUGUUAAGAGUCUUCCACUUCGUCACUAUUUUAUUUUACUUGCUUACUUUGAGUAUUUAUACCAUCUAUUCUAAACAUCGUGAAGAUGCUUGUAAUAUAUUUAAAUAGGCAAGAGUUACAAGGGAGGUGUAGGAUGUGUAUACAGGUUUUUCCCAGUCCUCAGGUAUUUCAGUUGCUACUGUCCUUCUGGAUCCCCAGCUCACAGCAUAUCUCAGAUGACCUUGGCCAGGAAACAGUUGUCAGAGCAGCCUGAUGUUAGUCCAGGGGCAGCCAGUGUGGUGCCCUCCAGAUUUUGUUGGGAGUCUUCCAUCAGCCCCAGACAACAUGGCCAGUGGGCAGGGAUGAUGUGAGCUGCUGUUCAACAACACCUGGGGGUACCACGAGGUGGAGUUUCUUCACCCAGCAGCUGUUUCAGAUGUCUCUUGUAGCUUCUAUGGUUAAGGUAGUGCAGAUCUAGGCUGAAAGUGGUCUUAAUUAUUGACUUUUAAGAAAUCGGGUCAUGAGGACAACAUGACCCCCAAUCCCCCUUUUGUAUUGUGUGUAUUACCCAAAACAAAAUGCUGAUCUAUGUAGUUUGAUCUACUGUGGUAUUAGAAGAUAGCAGCAACAACCUCUCUGUAAAAUACCAAAUUGCCCUCAAUUUUAGCUCCUGUGAAACCUUGUUUAGUACUGUGAUUCGGAGUACCUACCCUUGAACUUUUGAACCGGGCAUACAGCAGACCAUUGAUUUUGCUAUUGUAUAGCCUUGGAUGGAGAGUGUUUGCUGAAUAUGUGUAUUACAACAAGUGGAGAUCAGAAAUAGAGCAUAGUUACUAAUUUUUGAAUGUCAAAGUUGCAUGAAAUCCAUAUUCUAGUUUCUUUUCAUUAAGCAGUGUUCAAAAUAUGUAGGUCUGAUAACAGGGGCCUCAUUUCUACCAAAUUUAGUUACUCAUUAUGUGGGAAAAUGUUGCUGGACAUGCCAGUAACACUUUUGUGUGUGGUUCAUAAUUGGCUAACUUUUAAGGAAUGGAAUAUAACUAUCUGCUUGAUUAAUUCAAGGACUGCGCUAGCAAAAUUGUAUGAUUUCCAACAAGAUACAAGGUCAAAUGUUACACUAACAAAGAAUAGCUCAGUGAAGUUCUAUGCUGGAUUUCUUUAUUGUUGCUUCCUAAUUUACAUGUAGAACAAUUGCAGUGUUAAACCUGAAAAUAAUUCUAGCAUGCACACAUAUAAAACUUUCUUUUGAAAUAAUACUUGAUGGGAAGUACUGUAUAUAGUUUCAAAUAUGUCAAACAACAUGGUCAUUACUAGCUCUGUUCUUACGAGUUUCCUUAAAUAGAGGGAGCUUGCACUGACUUGUGUAUGCUUUUGGACUUUGUCAUUUUGUCUGGAUGAGUACCACUCCAGAACAUCAAGAAAGACUUCUCCGGAAAAGUUGAUCAUCGGUGUUUGAAUUAUUGGGAAGAAGGAGAGGGUUCCCACUCCACCCUUCAUUCAUGCACUAACAGUAAGCCCAUAAAGAAAUAUGGUUCCUCCAUUAAUGCGCAAACUAUUGCCUUGUUGUUUCUUCAACUACAAUACGAAUCUUGCUCUGUGAUACUAGAAAACACUUUAUGAAUGGAGCAUCUCUAUCACAGUUAAGGGAGUCUUCAUUGAUAGAUAGAAUCUGCAGAUCUUCUCAUAUGAACAAAAUGAAUACUUUUUAUUUUUAGAUAAUAUACAUGUCUCAGCAGGCAUAGUCUUGGAGGCACUGUGUGAGAAAAAGGUAGAACCCCCUUCUAAAAUACCUGCCCCUCACUGUUUUUGUAAGUACUUACUAAAUCUGCCCAGUUAAACAAGGACAGGUCUGUAACUGAACAUUUCAACCUUAAUGAGCAGUUAAAUGGGAAUAGCAGGGUUUUCGUUCAUGCCAUAUACUAAGUUAGAAACUAUCUUUUUCCAAAAUGAUUUAUUUCCUUAAAAGUAAUUUUUCAUAAGCUGACAGUGUUCAAAUCAGUGUUGUUUUUAUAGUGAACUGGUUCAUGUGUCACAUCAAACUAUAGUUACAAUAAACAAUGGCUUAAUUUGAAAUCCUAGACCGGGGUGCCCAAACUUUUUUCAAAGAGGACCAGAUUUGAUGAAGUGAACAUGCAUGAGGAUUGUUGAGUUUAGGAUUUAACCCCAAGGUUGUUGAGCUUUUUUUAGGAUUUUACCCUAGGACAUAUACUGCAAUGAAGGCCAGAUUAAAUCGACCGGCAGGCCCCCAAAACAGGCUUUGGACAUGCCUGUCUUAGACGCUUCACUUUUCCGCUGGUCCUACUGCUGCCAUACUGCUGGGAAACAAACCAUUUAAAACUAUGGUUUAAUGUUACUUGCAAACAUCGUCACUGUUUGUCCGCUAUAGUGAUAGCACAAAAUCUUGUUAGUGUAGGUUUUUCUUGCAUAGUAACAUUGGCCUCAAUUUUAUUUGGAGACCAAAUUUCAGUUUGGUCUUUACAAGCAUUAUAAAUUUACUUUGAAUUGCAUCUGAAACAUGCUUAGUCUUGUAAAAUGUUAUAUCUGGAAAAAAUUAUGUGCUUCAAUAUGAACAAAUCUAAAAAGAUAAACAUUGUAAUACCUGUAUUUUCUAAUUUGCUGAUAUACCCAGAAUAUCAUUCUAUCAUAGUAAAAAACGAAUACCUACAUUUAGUCCUCUUGUUACAUCUGUCUAUAAUGCAUUUGUCCUUACGUUUCAAUGUUUAACUCAAUUUUUUUUCUUUCAAUGCAAAUUUUGAAAGAUUUCAAACUUAAUGAAAGUAAUGAUACUAAUAGUGCAAUCCUGUUCAUGUCCUUUCAAUCCCAUUAAUUUCCGUGAGACUUGCUUCCAGGUAUAGGAUUGCUGCCAUGUAUAAUCUGAGGCUGUGAUUUUAAUUGCCACUUCACUGUGAUCCAAUAAAGUUAACAAGCCUCCACCAAAUACCUGCUUUGAGUAUUAUUGUAAUAGAAGACAAGAUAUAAAUAUUAAAUCUAACAGAAAGUGGUCAUUUGAACUGCCCGUGAACAAUGCUGUAAGAGCCUGGCUUAAUUCCAGUUCUUUUCUCCCCUUAAUUUUGGGACCAUAAUUAUUUAAAGUAUACAGAAUUCUCCUGUCAUGAACAUGACCCUGGAGCCCAUCACCAUUCCUUCUUUCAGUGUUCAGACUUGCAGAAUAUUAUGUAUAUAGCCAAAACAGUAGACACACACAAAACAACAACAGCACACAGGAAAUAUUGGGGGAACCCUGAAGUUUUUACAGGGGGGGGAGCAAGUGGGUGGGAAUUAAACAGCCCCUCAAAAAAGGAUGAAUGAUUGGAACAGUAAACAAACACUCUGCACUACAACACCUUUUUGUUGGUCCUACUUGUUUCUUGCUAAUAGUCAUGUUUCUGUGUCUUCUUGACUCAGCUGAUAACAAGUUAUAAUACAACAUUCCUUCUGAAGAUUGAGUGAGUUCCUUUUUUCUGCUGACAGCUGUAAGCUUUAUUCGCAAAUGACUGAGUCACUCAUUCCUUAACCCAUUUUCACUACUGUAGCCAGUUUGCUCCUACUAAAUUAAUUAUUGGACUAUUUGGUUAUUUAUUUAAAUUUAUAUCCUUCUCUUUCCUGAGGACUUCGGGCAGGUAGCAAUUAAAACAUGCACAUGUGCAGUCUUUCCUAAAUUAUAAUUACCCUACGUUUCCUUAAGCUUAGAAUGUUUUACAUUCAGGUUCUGAAUCUGAUGGACCUCCAGGUGAAGUGAGACCUUCAAUUAUGAGGACAGCCACGGAACACCUCUCUGUGUCCUGGCAGUGUAAACUUGGCAUGUGGAUUUAUACAGCCAUGAAGGCCAUGGUCAAUUGAAAUUAAUGCUUAUGACAGCACAAGGAAAGGAAGUUGGUCUCAGGGAUGUAGGGCUCAAGCUAAGCACUUUAUAGGUUAAAAAACAGCACUUAGGCUCUCAUUUGAAUGACUCUUUUAUUUAGAUUACAUUAUUUGCCUUGUUUACUAAAUAGAUUGCAUUCAGAUUUCAAGAAAGUGAGUGUGGCUAAUUCGUUUUCUACAUUUACGAGAUAAAAAACAGAGCUUCAUGCUCUAGUAAGUUAGAGAUUUUUUUUAAAAAAAAAUCUUAUUAUUAACAUGUCCUGCAACAAACUGGUAAGUCCUAGGCCUAAACACUGCCCCCCACCAAAGCUCUUGCUCUUUUAAGCUAUGAAAGUAGAUCAGUAAUAACACCUGGUGGUAGAAGCGCAUAAGAUUUGUUCCCUACUUUCAGGUUUAAAAUUUGGACUACAUGAGGUUAUCUUUGAGCAGUUUUUAUGCUUUUAAAAGACAGCCUUCCUUCAUUUCCCCAACUCUUCCAUGUAUUCCACAGAGGAGAUAUUGGAUGUUCUCAGCUGUCUAAUCUGUUCUGUCAGCUAUGUACUUCUGUAAAAGAACAAAACUUAAUAUCUUUUAUUUAACAGAAUAACAUUGACUUAUGCAUUUUCACUGGAUAAUAUUUCACUUGUUUCCUCUACAAUCAAAUCGCCAGACAAGCCUCUUGCCAAGCUACAACAAAAAUUGUUGAGAGGCCAAAAACCACAGCCAGUCUUUUAAUAGCUGCAUCGUAUACACAAAGGAAUAUGCCAACAGUGAAAGCUCAAAAUUGGCUCAUAGCUGCUAAAUUGAAGUGAAUGGAAGCUUUCCAUUGGGUCCAGUGGGGCACAGCGAUCUUGAUUGGCUUUUGUUAGCAGCUGGAAUGGGUUACAGGGCCUGCUUUCCAGAAGCUUUGAAUGUCCCAGUGAGAAACAGGAUUACUAUUAUUUGAACUUGUUUAUGUGGUUGCUUAACCUGAAGAGAUAGAAGCCAGUUGAAUGGCAAUCUUAGAUUUCUUUGCAAAAACAAGAAGUCAUUAGCAAUAUGCAAGGAAAAGAGCCUGUGUAGAAUUGGGUGCUCUGUUCUCAUCUCUGUUCCCUUUUUCACUGCCAACAUAAGCAGGAAGCAAGAGGAAUGUACCCUCUGUGUCUCCAUCCCUCCAAUGUUCAUAUGUUGGAGUCUUGCUGAUGGCACUUCCUUAGAUCUGAAGUAACAAUACAAAGAUCCUUCGAUCUGAAACAAUACAAAGCAAUCACCUUAGGUGGCAGCUCUAAUUCACAUAUCACAAAAUACCAGUGUAACAAAUUGUCAUCCUAUCAUCAGCUACUCCAUGUGUUCUUGCAUAUUUAUUUUGAAGCACUGGGUUCAUUUGGAGAUUAUACUGGUAGGGCAGCUAGACCUCUGAAUUCCAACAAAUGAAUUCACAUAAUUGCAUGACAACUGCUUUUGUAACAGGAAUAAAUCCCUUUACUGUUUUGUCGAAGGCUCAUUAAGUUACACAAGAAUUAAAUUAAUACACAGCUGCUGAGCAUCUCAAAUUUAUAAACACUAGAAGCUUCUGCUUAUCUGUGAGAAAAUAUAUAUGGCUUGGAGAUGUGUAAUGAAUAAUAGCCUACAUUUGAACUAUGUGAAAUAGUCUCCCACAAGCUGGAUGUGCAGGGAUGAAAGGUACUGUUUUCUUGCCUUACUAACCUACAUCUUAAUCUGUAAUAUUAAUUUGAGAGACGACACUUGUAAUUUACAGGUUAGCUUCUGUGUGUAAUUCCUGGAUAUGAAGAAUGAGCCUUUGAUUAAAAGUAUCAUUAAUAUAGUAGUGGAGCUGUGAAGUUACUUGGAAUGAGAGCUAACUUUAGAGUUAGCUGAGUCAAACUGUUCUAUGUCAAGGCAAUUGAAGAUAGCAUGCCUGUCUCCCUCAACAUUAAUCCAUUUGCAUAGCUAAAAUACUAUUUCAAAUGGCAACUUUCUAGACUGUAUUUUCUGAUGUGAAGAAUGGCAAAAGGUCCCAGUGGAUUAUAGAAGGCAAUUAGGAGAAAUUGUGUAAAAUAGUAUCUGUGCUGAAUAUGAGAAGGUUGAACGGGGUCACCAGGGCCUACAGUUUUUUUCUCGUAAAGUCGAAGCAAAGAUUAAGGCACUAUUAAGUGAAUAUAGCUAAUGGCUUGAAAACCUUUGUUUCUGCACUAGCUCUGCCUCGCUUCCAUAUUUAAGUUAGUUAUUUUUGCUGUCAUUGAAGCCUUAUUCCAUGAUUUGCCUAUCUCUAAUAAGGGUAGUCCUGAAGUACAGAAUGCCUAAGACUGACUGAACUGUUUAAAGACAAAACUGUCUUAACAAGCUAGCAUUCUUAACAAGCCAGUGUUUCAUAGAAAUGUAUUUCUUUGUGUACCUUUCCCCCAUCAGCUCCUCAGCUGAAUUUUUUUCUAGGUAUAUUUUGGUGAAUCCAGCCAUUUCUCUUCACAAUCUUUUAUUUUUAAAGCAUCUGCAUCUUUCUGGAGAAUUCAGAUUCCCCCCCCCCCCCCAUUGUCACUAUGUAUACCUUUUUUUGCAUAUUUAAAGUUCAGAGUUUCUCUUCUUUUGAAAAAAAAAAUUAGAAAUGUAUUUAGAAAGUUUAACAAUAAAAAGAAGUAUAUUGUACAUCUGUUUUUUCCCCUGCCAAGCCUAAUCUGUUUUGAUUCCUAAAUUAUUCCACUUAUAUUCAAUGAAGGCCAGUCAAAUAUGUCAGCAGAAUACAUCUUGAAUGAGUGUGUUAACUUUAGCAUUAUGCUUAAUUGUAGCUUUUUCUUUUCUUUCAGUUCUUUGGAACUCUUUUGUCACCCUUGAGCUUCAUGAUGGAGAAGAUUGAGCGCCUCAUGCCUACUGGUCUUUGGCAUCAGCUGACCCAAAUCUGAGUGAACUCAGUCCUUGGGUCAGUGUUCUCAGGAACUCCACCACCAACUCCCUCUCUAGCACAAAAGCAUCUGCAGCUGCGGGUGUCAAGGAAGACAAACUCCGUGACUUAGUUUUGUUUUGCAUCCUGUUACUGGUGCUUAAAAUUGCUGUACCCCUUUUUAAGCCUUAGAGUCUAUAACGAUUUAAGAACACCAUGUUUGGUGGGACGGGGAGGGCAAGAGUGUUGUGCUCACUUUAGCUGUACAAUUUGAGAUUACUGCUUUCUUUCCAGAAAGCAAUAAAUCUGAUAGACUGUGUGUUGAAAUUGCCUUCUGCGUGUAAAUGUUUUUUUAACAAAAAAUAAAACCUGCAAGAGUGGUGUUGGAAUCACUGGGCAUUUGCUGAGGCCCACACCCAAGUAGCCCACGGACAACAGCCAGAGAAUCCUAGUCCUGCUGCUCCUGCAUCUUGCUGUCGCUGCUUGUUCACCUGUCCUCUCCCGAGCAAAUGAUAAAUUACAGGAGCAGCCAUUCACCUUGUCAUUCUCCUAUUAUAUUGCCCUAACUGUGCAGGUUAGGCCCAAAGCAAGAAAGCAGGUGAAUGGAUAGCAGCACAGAGGAGGUGGAACCACUGAGGAUUUCUGCUCAUGCAACAAAAUCUUCCUGCUUUCCUCCUCCUGUGUGCCCCCUAAAUCUAUUCUGAGGCUUCCCCCAAACCUCUGGAGCAGAUUGAAGGAGGGCACAAGGUAUGCACAGGGAAAGUGGGAGUUCAGUACCACAAGCAGAAAUCCCUGUGCUGGUGGGGCAAAUUACUGGGUUCCGCCCCCUGUUCUAAAACACCCUGAGUAUAUGACCUCUCAGAUUGGUCACCACAUUCUUGUGAUACUGAUUUUUAACGAGCUUACAGCUACCUUGCAGAGUACAUGGAUUCAUGACCCAUGAUGCUACCUCACCCUUCAAGAUGGGGCAGGGUAGAAAUUCAUGAUCAUCACAUUGCUGUGGUCACUUACAUGUUCUUCAAGCCAAAUUAUAUUCUAUUACAAACAUGUCCACCCCAGCAACUGGUCCAGGUCCUCCCUCUUCUAAGGGAUUAAAUUAGCUGAAUUGUUUUUUUCACAUUUACCAUUCAGUGAGUCAUAAAUCAGAGCUUAACAAGUGGGCUUUGUCACUUGUGCUUUCAACUGUUUCUGGGAUUGCUUAACUUUGUAGUGCUUGAUGGAGACUGAUACCUUGGGAGGAAUUUAUUCUAAUUGCAGCAGACAAAAUUGAUGCUUGCCUUGACCUAUGAUCAUACAGAAGCAUUAACACAGCUCAGAUCUGAUAUCCCAACCCCCUGUUCUGACUUUGUUCCAAAUGGCAGCUUUGUGGGGGUAAACUGUGAAACCUAAACUUUUAAAUGAUGGCACUGUGACUUUGGAUGGCACAUGCAUUUCUCAGUUUGCAAUUAGAGGCAUUGUCAAAGCACACUCCCAUCUAUUCUAAUGAGGGAACAAUGCUUCAGCAAAAGAUGCAUAGCCCCCACAAUGGAAAGAAACAUGUAUAUCUGUCUUCAGUGAGUCCUUGCACAGAGGUUGGCUGUUGAUCUUGAAGCAUGAGAUAGUACCACUUCCCAGAUGAUUUAUAGAUCAUGGGUCCCCUGCCUGUUGAGACAUUGAUUUUAAAUGUUGCCAACACUUAUGGUCUCACCCCAUUCCAUAUAUUAAUUUUGAAAGGCUGGGAACAGCUCAAAAUCCGGAAGCCCAUUCUCAGUUACAUUUUAUGCUUUCCCCCCCAUUUUAGAGAUACAUAUAUUUUCAAUAGAAGGCACAUGGCAACCUUAUCACCUACCACCCCAUCUAUACUGAUAAUUGCAUUCAUAUAUGACAACACAGGAAAGCAAGAGAUACAAAUUGCUGGAACUAUUCAGCUACCAGGAGGUAACUCUCUACGUUUUCUUCCAAGUGAACGUAAGCCACAGGGGCUGUUUCUCACGCUGGUAUCGCUGUGAUGAUUAAUAGACAUGUUGUGCUCAUGCAGUUUCACUUCACCAUCCACAGGGGCCCAUAAGGUAAGCGAUAUAAUGCUUUUUAAAGUUGAACCUUUUCCAGCAUAUGUGUGGGGUUAUAAAUGAAGCACAGCCUCCCAUGUAUCACUCCCUAGAGCUGGUUUUUCUCACUGUCUCUUCUUUGACAUGAGUGUACUAGAGUAGGAUGAGCUUGUGGUGAAUGUAGUCCUGGCAGCAAUUCUUAGCCUAUGUGCCUCCCAUAAGACUGUGUGUGUGUGUGUGUGUGUGUGUGUGUGUGUGUGUGUGUGUUACUCUUCUGCUAUCUGGUAAAACGCGUUGCCAUGUUUAUCCACAUUGUUCUAUGACAUACUCAGUUGUGCACACUGAAAUGUGGAGCAACUGGCCCAGCUGAGAAUGGUGCUAAAAAGCCAGAGAUUAUUUUAACCAAUGUGUAAGCCUUCUUUAUGAAUGUUCCAAAACUGCAUUCCAGUGUGUGCAUUCCAGUUCCAAUGCAAUUCUGUGUGCCCUCAGGUAGCUUUUAGCUCUCAACUGCUUGAUCUUACAUAUAUUUACUUGGAAUUAAACCGCAAUAAGUUUGAUGUGACUUGCCCCCAGUUAAGUGUGCACAGAAUUGUAGCUUUUCUUCUUUCUGGAGUCUUAGUUCCUUCUACCAUUUCAUGUUGCUUUGGCAAUGCCUUUCAAUUGCAACUUAGAAAUGUAUGCAUAGCAUUCACAUUGUGCUCCUCACUGAGAGUAGAAUUGGCUUUUUUAAAAAAAGUAUUUGCUUAAUUUUGCAGUUCUUGCUUUUUGAUAUGUAAGUUUCUCCUAACCUUCACCAGUAAAUUCUAGCAUUUGGCAAGGUGCUUUGCCAUGAUGUGUUUCAAGUGGCACAUGCUACCUACAUAAACACACAUGUUUAAGAUUUACUUCCUGGUGAUGUGUGUUACUGUACAAGUGUUUACCUUGAUUCUUGUUAUUCUUCUGGUGAAGAUGCUGAAGCUCUGAGUUGGCAAUAUAUGUAAGGAAAAAGAGUUCCACUCUUUUUUUCUGAAAGUGCCUCUCCGCUUCACUUUGAUAAUCAGACUUAGCACACCAUAAAGGCAAAGGCAUACUUUGGGUUGACACUGGAAGUAGCUAAGAAAUAUAAGGGGGUAAAGCAGCCUGUAAGUAUGCAGGGUUCAGAAGUUUAGGACUUGUAAGUUUAAAACAGCACCCUGUAUAAUGCCUGGAAGAUAAUAGGGAACCAUGGUUAAUGCCACAACACUGAUGCCAUUAGCUCUCAGCAUCCCUAUUUGAAUGCCUGCCAGGUGGUUUUAUCAGCGCACUCAGGGUCAAAGAUACAAAAGGUUGCUAAAGGAUCUAAUGGGCCAUGCAGCACCAACUCCCAUACCGUGAACAGCAAUCGGAAAAUGGGGAUCAGGUUGUUCUCUGCUGGUUACUCUUAACUCAUAGUAUUCUUCCCUUACCCCACUCAGUAUAGUGGCCAAUUCAGAUAAUACCAAGAAUGUUCUUUCUUUUAAAAUAAAUUGAUAACC